AUAUUACGAAAGUAGCCCCCGGCCUGCGAUGAGCCGCUUGAGACGAGCCGCGCAGGUCGGCGGGGCAGCUCUAGGAGGACUCGUCUGCCGGAGACUACCCGGCCUCUUUCUUCCCGCAACGGACGAGGCGCGGGCGUCGUUAGGUCACCGAAGCGCUCCGACUUCUUCGCCGGUCAGCGAAAAUGACCCCGCCAUUACGGCUGCCAAGACCCCCCGCCCUUCUCUCCUUGCAGGAGGCGGGUCUCUCUGCGCAUGCUCCGUAGAUUCGCUGGCUCACAAAUCUAGCGGGAAAAGGGACUCGCCGAUACAGAGUUCCUGCGGCGAAAAAAGAGCGAUGGUAGCGUCUCUGUACUCGAUCGUUGCUGUGUGCAACAAUAUGGGCAUCGGAAAAGACGGAAAGCUUCCUUGGCCCCCGCUCAGGAACGAAUAUAAGCAUUUUCAGAAAAUGACAAUGACGACUAAAGAAGAAGGAAAGCAAAAUGUGGUCAUAAUGGGUAGGAAGACUUGGUUCUCCAUCCCUGAGAAACAUCGUCCGUUAAAAAACAGAAUUAAUAUAGUACUUAGUAAAGAACUGAAGGAUGUUCCUGAAGGAGCCCAUUACUUGGCUAACAGUCUGGAAGAAGCCCUAGAUCAUCUUGAAACACCAGAGAUGAAAAGAAAGGUAGACAAGGUUUGGAUAGUUGGAGGAAGUUCAAUAUAUAAGGAAGCAAUGGAGAGGCCAAUCCAUCACCAACUGUUUGUGACAAGAAUUAUGCAUGACUUUGAAAGUGAUACAUUUUUCCCAGAAAUUGAUCUUAAAAAAUACAGACUUCUACCUAAUUAUACAGGUAUCCCUGUAGAUAUCCAGGAAGAGAAUGGAAUUCAGUACAAAUUUGAAGUUUAUGAAAAUAUCAUCUAGACCUUAUUUGAUAUGGGCAAAAUUACUCUGCAGACCUAAAUCUGUUUGCAGAAUUAAUCAAGACUUGUGCCUGCAUUUUAUUCUCUACAAGAAGAAAAAAAGUGCCUUUGUGCUUCAUCCUACCCCCAUUCAUUGAAGCUAUUGUAUCAAAAAAAAA